AUGUCCACAGUGCCCGUCAAUCCCAAGCCCUUCCUCAACGACCUCACUGGCAAGCCCAUCAUCGCCAAGCUCAAGUGGGGCAUGGAGUACAAGGGCGCGCGCCCGUGCAUUUUUCAAUCGAUGGCGAGCACAGAGGAGUGGAUCGACGGCGAGUUCUCGGGAAACCUGGGCGAGGUGCUCAUCCGGUGCAACAACGUGCUGUACAUGCGUGGCUUGCCCGAGGAGGACGACGAGUGA